UUGAAGCCAAGAAUAUGAAAAAGAUCUUGUUCACCACGAUCUCUGCUCCUUUUUGAUAUGUCACUGGAAGUGCUUACCUUUGGCAGAAGAGAAGGAAGAUCGAGAAAAUCCAGGAGAUAGAGUGUCGCAAAGGUACUCUUACCAAGGAGCCUCUUGAUAUCACUCCAAAGAAUGGAGAAGACAGCUUCAACUUCAAUGUGUGUAAUUCUGAGGAUUUUAAGGAAACCUAUGAGUAUCGCCCAGUGAAAAUUAGCGGGAUUUAUGAUCAUUCAAAGGAAAUAUUUGUGGAAAGGACCGUUGAUCAUCAUAGAGGGUAUUGUGUUCUUACUCCUUUGUACACUCAUCUUAAUUCUAAAGGUGAUAAGGUUGGCAUAUUUGUCGAUAGAGGCUGGAUUGACGAUGAAUACAGAAAUUCUAAGAUUCAUUAUGAUUCUGAGAAAAUUAAUAAGAAGGAAGAAAUUAUGGGAAUUAUUCGGGACACUGAGGCCAUUGUAAAGAAUUACAUCCCGAAUGACCUUAAAGAGAAUAGAGUAAUGUCUAUUGAUGUCAAAGAAUUCGAAGAGUUUAGAGGUAUUAAAAUGCCAGAAAUUGGGAGAGAGAGGUACUGAUUCAUGAGAGAAACUGAUUUUGGUCAGAAAAAUAAAGGAAAUUUAUACCCGCAACUUCCUUCAGCACAAUCUUUUCUUAGUUGGUAUGUCAUGCCAGAUAGACACCAAGCCUAUGCCAAUUUUUGGUUGUUCCUGACUUGAACGAUUGUAGGAUGUAAUUUCUUGGUAUAUGUUGCUAUAUAAAUUUCAGAUUA